AUGCAUCAGAGCGCGUCGGCGAGCAAGAACGGCUCUCCCUCUGUUGCGGAAUCGGGCGCGAGAGGCUCAUGGGGGUGGAUUGUUGCCAGGAGGGAGGAGGAGGAGGAGGAGGAGGAGGAGGAGGAGGAGGAGGAGGAGGAGGAGGAGGAGGAGGAGGAGAAGCAGCAGGAGGUGGUGGAGGAGGAGAGGAGAGGUUGGAGCAGCUGGAAAAGGGAGGCUCACCUGAUAAGCAAGUAA